AUACUCUAAAAAUAUGUUUGAGUAUUUGACAGGAUUUGUGCAAAAAAAAAAUCUUGGAAAAAUAUCGAAAUAAAAACACAAAAAAUCAUGUCAGCGAUAAAUUUAUAAAAUUCCAACCACUAAAUCAAAUCUUUCGAUCAAGUUUUUGUUGUCAAAUAAAAUUAAUAAGUUGUAUCGCGGGGCACAAUUCGAUGCCAAGAACAACAAUGGAUAUGUAAUCAUAUUAAAAAUUUGAUUACGAUCAUCGCAACACCAGUGUGUGUGUGUUUUUUUAUUUGGCGAUAUUUUAUUGAUAAUGCCUUCCAAAAUUGCUGAAGAUAAUAAUGUUAUGGUAACCGGUGACCGAUCUGUUAAUAGUGAAAAUGACAAGGAACAUGCGUUCAAACAGACACCUGACACAGUCAUACAUUUUAUGGUCAGUCUACGACAGAUAUGUGUAAUUGUUGCGGCUAUACCUCUGGUUACCCUAUUUCUUUGUCUAAUUUACGCCAUUGUCUUCCAAUUCGAAGAUGUCCAUGAAACACAUUGCCGUGUGUUCAACAUCAUUCCAUCGAUAAGUGCCAUAACUGGCAUAAGUCCACAGAGGUAUUUUUGGCGUAUCAGCGUCGCGAUACAUAUAGGACCUCGAUUCGGACUAAUUGCUUGCUACCGAAGCCAUUACAAUUGCAUAUUGGAUAAAAUUCAGGACGAAAUAAUCAAAAAGAGAGCUCGAUUAUUGGCAACGCUUGUGUUUUGGUCGCACACCAUUGAAUUGUCGGCUUUAUGUGGCGUCACUUACGUAUCGAAUCGUGAAAAUUACCCUCUUCACGAAAAAAUUUUCAUCACAUUUAUGACCUGCUCGCUGUGCCACAUGUUAGCAACAAUAAAGCUGUUUAAUUUAAUCAAACCCAUCGACCAACAAACGCCAGAAGAUCAAGUGUCAAUCAAAUGGAAGAAACGUCUGUUCGCCUCAUCGAUCCUCAGCACCAUCGGUUUGUUAAUAUUCUUUUUCAAACAUCGGUUCUAUUGUCAUGACAUGGCAUUCAGUUGGUUCGCUCUAAGUGAGUACUUUAUCGCCUGUUCGAAUAUGGCAUUUCACUAUACGACCACACUGGAUUUUCCCAAUGAGCACUUUUUCAUUGGCAGGGGAUUAAACAAGUUGAAAAGUGAUUAGGCUUUUGAUUUUAUAUUUCUCCCAAGAUUUCUCCUCCACCCCCAUUUUUUCGUUCUCCUCAAUUCCCCCUCAUCUUGUUUGUGAUUUGAGCAGCGACCAAUGUGUUUUGGUUGUUGUUUCACAUGACAUUGUGAAAAGUUCCUUCCCCUCCAGUCAGUAAUCAAGAGCAA